AUGGAGUACCAAGAAGAACCAAAGCCCGAGCUCAGAUCUCCUCCGCCAUUCGGCAACACGGUGGACGACGAUGAGAGCAACGCUUCUGUCGCCACGGGGCUGGAUGGAAAGAGGGAGAAGCACCUCAUCCAGAAAAUUGACUUGCAUAUUAUCCCCUUUGUCAUUCUUCUUUACCUGUUCAGCUUUCUCGAUAGAGUGAACAUUGGCAAUGCGCGCUUAUACGGAAUGGAAGAAGACCUGGGCCUGGUUGGAGAUCAAUACCAAGUCGCAGUGUCUAUUCUGUUUGUGACUUACUGUCUCUUCGAAGUACCGUCAAACCUGGUGAUCAAAAAGCUCACCCCAUCGCGUUAUAUUGCGUCGAUCUCAGCCAUAUGGGGUAUCAUAGCAAUCCUAACUGGUAUAACCCAGAGUUAUGGCGGCCUCAUUGCUUGUCGCAUUCUCCUAGGCGUCGUGGAAGCCGGGCUAUUUCCUGGAAUGAUAACCAAGCGUGAGAUAGCCCUUCGCACAGGAUAUUUAUUUAGCAGUGCAGCCAUCGCCGGCGCAUUUGGUGGUCUUUUAGCCUACGGGAUCGGCUAUAUGGAUGGUAUCGCUGGGUUACGGGGUUGGAGAUGGAUUAUGAUCAUUGAAGGAACUCCGACCGUCAUAUUAGGAGUUCUGGCUUGGUUCUUCCUUGCGGAUGACCCCGAUACGGCUUAUUAUCUCGACGAUGAGGAGAAGGCUCUAGUAGUCCGUCUCCGUCGUCGCGACGUGGGCCAAACAUUGUCCGCGCAAAAGUUUCAUUGGGCAGAUGUCAAAGAAGGCUCACUGGACUGGAGAAUCUAUGUCUUCUGCAUUGGCCAAUUCGGUGUUGAUACCAUGCUUUACGGAUACAGCACCUUCCUUCCAACAAUCAUCAAGGGAAUGGGGUCAUGGUCGACCCCUGAGGUGCAAGCUCUUACUAUACCUUGCUACGCACUGGGGGCGAUUGCGUACCUAAUCGUUGCUUGGGUUAGCGACAGAACUCAGCGUCGCGGAGUGUUCAUUUGCAUCUUUGCCGUAAUAUCCGUGGUGGGAUACGGGAUUCUCAUAUCAGAUUCUUCCUCUGGAGUACACUACUUCGGCGCCUUACUUAUCGCCCUGGGAUUAUACGUGACAGUCGGAUUACCUCUUGCAUGGCUGCCAACUAAUCUUCCUCGCUAUGGAAAGCGUACGUUUGCUACAGGUUUGCAGUUGACCUUCGGAAACGUCAGCGGGGUCAUGUCUCCUUUCUUGUACAAAACCAAUGAGGCACCGCGCUAUGUUCGGGGCAAUGCCGUGACUUUAUCACUGGUCGGGUUUGCGGGAGUUGUCUAUGGUCUUAUGUGGUGGUACUAUCAUGCAAAGAACAAGCGCAGAGAACAUGGACUUGAGGAUGAUAAAGUUGCGGGGAUGACAGAAGAAGAGAUCGAGGAAAUGGGAGACAGAAGCCCUCGUUUUGAAUAUAAGAAGGAUGACGACUGGAAUCUUCACCAUCAUCUCGGGGGAUAUGGGCCUUGGGUCUCGAAGCUUAUCGGGAAACCUGAACCACACGAGAUCGAUCCACUAUUGGACGGAUGCACAAUCAAUCAGAUACACAUGAUGUCGCGCCAUGCAGAGAGAUAUCCAACCAAGUCUGCUGGAAGCUGCCAUAUUGCCCUUCUGAACAGGAUCUUCAAAACAGGAGUUUCACUGAAUGGCUCCUUAUCUUUCUUGAAUAACUGGACCUAUCUCACUAGCAGUCCACAGCAUGAUUUCGAUCAACUCACUACAACCGGUCCUUACGCUGGCACCGCUAGAGCCUUCAGCGCCGGCAUGAGCGUUUUAGCUCAAUACGGACACCUUAAAGCGGAUGAUUCCAAGACUACAUUCUGGGCAAGCGAUUCCGAGCGCGUCAUCAAGACAGCCCACUACUUCGCUUUCGGGUUGUUUGGUCCCGACUGGGAGAAAGCAGGAAAAGCCACCUUGGAGGUCAUUCCGGAGUCGUUUGAUCGACGCGCGGAUACACUCACACCGGGAGAUACGUGCCUAAGGUAUAUAGAGGACAAGGAUCAGGGCCAUGACAACGGAAAGAAUAUGCUCACUUCGUUUCAACAAGCAUAUAUUCCUGCUAUUACGGAGCGACUGAUCGUCGAGCAAGGUAACUCAGCCCUUGAGACGUUCACUAACUGGGAGGUCUUCAGCAUGCAAGAAAUGUGCGGCUUUGAAACCAUUCUACGAGGGUCGAGUCCCUGGUAUGAUGUCUUUACACGUGAAGACUGGGAGAAUUUCGAAUAUGGCCGCGAUUUGGUUCACUACUAUCGUGGGGGGCCGGGAAACCCUUAUGCUGGCGCAAUGGGCUGGCUCUGGCUAAAUGCUACGACGAACCUCUUGCAAGAGGGCCCUCGAGCGGGUGCUACGUUCUUUAGUUUUGUCCAUGACGGAGAUAUAGCUCCCUUCCUAACUGCGUUGGACAUUAUGAGGGACGCAAAGUACGACCCACUUCUCCCUACUACACAUAGGGUAGAAGACCGCGUUUGGUAUACCUCGACUGUGAUGCCAAUGGGCGGUCGGAUUACCCUCGAACGAAUGACCUGUUCGCCAACAGAUGGUGUCCCUGACAUGGGCACGACAUUCCUUCGGGUCAACAUAAAUGACAAGAUUGUGCCGCUACCGUACUGCAAGUCUGGACCUGGCUUGUCUUGUCCGCUGGAGGAGUUUGUUAGCCACGUGAAUAGGAGGAGGAUCGAAGUGGGAGAGUUUGGAGACCGCGAAUCUCGCAACCCCCGCCGACCCCCCGAAGAAAGCGGCCCAUUUGGCAAGCGCAGAAAUGCCCGAUACGAACAUACGCGAUCUCGCACACGCACCGGCACGCCCGCCGCAAAGCGAGAGAACCCCAACGUCGCCGAAUUCGGGCGACUCUUCGCGCAACAACAAGAGGACGAGAAGGCGCGCAGCAACACGCUGCCCAAGUCAUCCUCAGCAUCCAAUCUCGACAACUCCCGGAAGCAGACAGAAAAGGUCGCAACGGAGUGCAUAUUAUACGGAUACAAGAGCAAAGAUUCUGAGUGGAAGGUGAUAGAUAAGUACGAGCGGAUUUCUCGCGGCGUGAUCUGCGAGGACUAUCCACGGACGGAUCCGAAUGCCCCGAACGGAUAUCAGCAGCUCCUGAGUGGUGGGGAUGUUGUUAUUCAUGCGAAUCUGUCGGCAGAUGCGAACCGGAAAUCGAAGCGCUAUGCGGGCGGGUUUCACUGGAUUAAAGUGACGUUUGAUUCGACGAUCGCUGCGGAUCGAGCGGUCUUUUACUCCCCUCAGGAGAUUGAUGGCCAUGUGGUCUUUUGUGAGCUGUAUCAUGGUCAGGGACCCGCGGAGGAUGCCCCGAUUCUACAGGGUUCCCCGGAGGCAAUUCGCUUACAGUCGAAGGCGGCGCCUCGGUCGUUGACUUCGUCGCAUUCGUCGAGUUUCCUCCAGUCCAUGGACACAAACAAGGAACGUCAUACGUUGCCGAAAUCAUUCGCUAUGAAUAAUCUGGCGAGUGUGCUUGAUGCCGAUGAGCAAGAGUCGCAGGAGUCGACAGCCACCGCUAGCUCCGCGACGGCGACGGGCGUCGAGCAACUAGGCCCCGUGCAGCAGCGGACUGUCGCUCAGGAGCCCAAGCCCGAAUCAGAAUUCAUGACACAUAUCCCGACAAUGCGUCGGACGAAACUCCGACCCAUCACAGAAGCCCUUCCACCCCAACCCACAGUGACGGAGCGUGUUUUGCGGUCCAUCCCUAUCCUCAGCUGGUUCACCGGUGAUAUCGUGGGCGAUGGACCUCAACUAGGCGAGGACGGGGCAUUCGAUUACGACAAAUCCAAUACUUACUGGAGAUUCUGGUACAUGGUCGAUAUGAUCAUCGGGACUGAUAUCUGCGGACUGAAGGAGGAGUCAUGA